AUGGUCUGCACCUUCUUCGCCGGCAUCCUUUUAGCUCUAGCACAACACCUCUGGUACAGGUUCCUCCACCAUAGGCCGACAACCAGCGAAGAUCAGAAAGUCCGUUGGGUCUUGUACGGCCGUGUAUUAGCCUACUUGUCGAAGGUAGCUUUCGGCGGAUGCUGCGUCUUAGUCUUUCGGCAACGCAUGUGGAGGACAUUUCGAGACCGAGCGCUAUCUGUGUUGUCGAUAGAUCAGCUCUUUGGUGCGACGGACGACCCAUCACUGUUCGCCAAUUGGGAGACCGUCUCCAAUGCUCCGGUUGCUGUAGCGAUUGCUACAGUAUUUUGGUUAAUCCCACUUGCAACCAUUAUCUUUUCGCCCGGUGCGCUAACGUUCGGCGAUUUCCUUAUGGGGAAUUCCACUACCCGAGGCGUGCCCCAUAUCAACUUCACACAUGAGACAGUCAAGGACUGGCGCCAUCCGAUAUCAUACGUUCCUGAUGAUAAUGAUCUCCUGGCAAAAGGUGGAUACAAGAGAUCAAUCAUGUACUACAACACGACAGACAAGUCUUCCAACUCUACGAGCCAGGACUGGUUUGACUACUACGACCAGCCUUCUGCCGAACUGAGACGUGUGGCUCUACUCUUUGGAUACAACAUGAUGAGCCACUCCACGCACAGAUUAAAUGCACGGCUAACUGUCUGUGGCAAUGAUGAUGGAGGACCGUACAAUUGCACCUUCACGCAGUCAUUCGUCGCACCCGCUUACAAGUGCGACCUUAUUGCGAAUAGUACUGACGACAACGGUCGACUGUCUGAGCUCGGCGCUCCUUUUAAUACGUCAGCACUCGUGCCUGAAGGUCGCAACAUUUAUCAGGCCGAAGUGGAUAAGGGAGGCUACAAGCACCCGCAGAUGGACAACUUUCAGAGAGGCCCAGGAGGUAUUCCUGUUGGUGAAGCCCCAGACGAUCUUGGGGUCUUCAAGUCAGAACCCGUUCUCUGGAUCGGGAUGUCACACAACACGACCGAACCACUGCCCUCAGAUUCACCGUUUCGCAGUAUCUGGACACAUCGCUAUCAGCUACAGGUCUUUCGGUGUGUGAUGAACGAAGCCAGAUACAAGGUCAAGUGGAGCCUUACUGGGCCGUAUUUCAUGGAGAUACCGACCAUUGAAGAAUACCUGGGACCAGUCUUGGAUACAAACUUCACUAGGAACGAGGACGGAUCACUCAAUUACGAUGCGGACCCAGGACCGGCGGAGAACUUCAUCAGACCUCUUCCCGACGUGAGAUUGUACAAGAAAGUAGCAGCCUACCACGCGAUGGGUGACGUGCUCCGCGACUUCCUUAAGGGUCAUAUCGAACUUGAGCCUCCCUUGCCGGGUCCCUCAUACGCAGUGGUGGCCUCGGAUGUGACGAAGACGCGCUUAGUCGACGUCAAGAGUCUACCCAAGAAGGACUUUGGCAUGGAGCUUCAGAGUUUCUUCAGCGACCUGGUCCUAUCGCUCUACUCCACACCCGAAAUGCUUGUCGUCGAUAACCAAGAACUGGAGAUGAACCGCACACAAUGGCGCUCCUCAUUUGUCUACAUACCCAAACGACUUUGGAUGUGCUACGCCCCUGUCAUCGCCGUCACACUCAUCAUCCUGCUCUUCGGCAUAUUCACGAUCUGGGAAGACGGGACGACUUUCUCCACGGGCUUCUCGCGCAUCCUUGUCACUACGAGAAACACGACGCUGGAUGAUAUCAGCCGCGGUGCUUGUCUGGGGAACGACCCGUUCCCGAUGGAGCUCAUGCAUACGAGACUCAAGUUCGGCGUCUUGAGUGAAGGGAGUGAAGGGAGCGAGAAUAAGCUUAUGGGCUCGGAGGGGUUUCAGCAUUGUGCGUUUGGGGUUGCGAGCGAGAUCGCGCCGAUUAGACACUGCGUGCCGUAUGCGGGUUUGAGGCGGCGGAGACAGAAGUUGGAAGAGACCGACGAGUAG